AUGGCGAUGGCUACUACAGGCAUGCUGGAUUGGUGUCCAUGCCUUCUCGGCGCUGGUGUCAAGGAAGGAGGAAGCAGCGUGGUGGCAAUUGUACCGUGGUCGAAGAUGAUGACCUGCUUGCGCUUGGUUGUAGUUCUUUCUGCUGCAGGGAUCUUCUCUAAAGCACCUGCCGCCGUCGACGCCUACGGCCCUUUUUUACACAGAUGCUGCAGUCCGCCGGCCCCGUGGAUACCUUUGGGUUUGGUUCAGCCCAGGAUAAGAACACGCCCGAGCGGAACGAGCGCCGCUCACUGGUUGCGGAGGUUGCGGUCGCCGGCGAGCCGAGAAGUUCCGGUUGCCGCAUCCUACUUUCCUUCCCGUCUGCAGCGCGGUGGGACGCGCUCCUGGUUGCCGGAGGUCCAGUACCCCAAGUCGCUGCACUCGCUGGGUAUCCCCGUGAGACAUAGGCCCAGGUACAGCCAGAUGAAUCGAGGAUCAUGUUUGAGAUCACUGAUUACAAUGGUUUGCAUUAACUUGAUUCAAAGGAUGAUGCUUCUCGUAUAAUGUUCCCAUUUUGUCACUUUAUCCACGGGAAAGCAUGCUACCCAAGAACCAAAGCUUGCCGCUUGCCGAGAGAAAAAUUUCAAUAUGGAGGAGGGCCGGGUCCCGUGGGGUCUGGUAAAUAAGUUGGCGUGGCUUGCAGUCCGUUUGCGGCUAGACAUGCGGACGUCACAGUAGAUUUGCGACAUGAAGACUGCAUCUGUUUGAUCUGAAUCAAGUCCCGAGUUCAGCUCGUGGCCCUGGGAAAUGCUUGUUGUUUCUUACCUGACAGGUGCAUGAAUCCUGUCUGUAAAAGUAUCCUUGUCGCUACUCGUGACUGUUGCUAUGUUUAUAUUGGAAGAAAGAAAAUGACUCUA